GGAAGUCGGCUAUAAGACGCUCAACGUCGAAACCGCCACACCAGAACUCGGCCGCCACUGGGUUCCGCUCCGACCAAGGUCUUGUCUCGAGCACCUCUGUGCCACGCCUGCCUUCAUCCCUCCCCGCACAGAAUCCACGUCUCGGGGCCCUUCGGACCGUCGAGAAUGGCCAUCUCUACGUUUCGCCUUAGCAUCGGGUGUCGAUGUGUUCUGGGCCUGGUGCUGCUGACAGCGGUCGCACCGUGGUCUUGCACCGUGGCCACGGGAACCUCCGGGGCGACCUCGGCCUUCUGCGGCAACGAGACCACGGUCCCGCCGGCGAUGCAGAUGCUGUCUCAGACGCCCCUGGACCGGCUCAACGCCUCUGCCGUGCAGAUGCUCCAGAGGAGAGCCGACGAGCUGUCCAACGCCGUAUCCAAUACCAGCUUUGCUGAGUCCAGGAGCAACGUUACCGUUUACGAGAUUCGACACAGGAAGAAGCAGCAGCAGCUGAUGCUGAUCCGCGCCCAGAUCUUGGACCGGCUGGGCAUCCGGAACCCGGCGAGUCCCGCCAACGCGUCCACGUCCUUCAACAACAGCACACUGCGCCUGGUCGAGCAGAUCGUGCGCAUCCCGCCCGCCAAAACCCUGGCCACCGCGGCCGCCGGUGGGGAGCUCACCACGGCCCGGACCGUCUACUCGGAGCGCAUCCAGAGCUUCUACCCGUCCUGCUCGCUGCCCAACAACACGGACUUGUCGGCGUGGAACGUGCCGGGACACCUUAGGCUCCACUACGACGUGACGUUCCCGCGUCCGUCGGCGGGCACCGAGAUCACGCUGGUGUCGGCCAAGCUGCGUCUGUACCGGCUGCCGGACCCCAGGGCCGCCCCGCCGCCGCUCCAGCCCGGCGCGCACAACUUCCUGGACCCGGCCGAGGCCCAGCGCCGUCGGCCCCCGGUCACGGUCUCCAUAUUUCAGUUCCUCAAGCCCAUCAGGUCGAACCGCAAAGAGAAGAAGCAGCUCAUCGUGUCCCGGACGCUGUCGACCGAGCGGCGAGGCUGGGAAGAGUUCAACGUUGAGUCGGCCGUGAGCCAGUGGUACCGGUCGCGCGGCAAGAACCACGGCCUCGACAUCGAGCUCCAGGACGCCUUGGGGAACAAGCUCGUGCCCGGACUCUACUUCCAGAACAUGAGCUGCACAGAGACUGCCGCGGGCCAGCAAGAGCCACCGUUCCCAAACAUCAUGCGCCUGCACCCGGGACUCCGCGACAACGAGUCGUCGCUGCUGGACAACGAGACGUACCCGACACUGGACCUCCAGGUGGUCGAGGUACUUCGCCAGGAGGGCCCAUCGCCGCAGGCUGCCACCGAGCCGGCCACGCUGGCCAGCGGCACUGCGGCGGGACCCGACCAGGGGGUCUCCAGGGCGCAGCAACGGCGGCGCCGGAGGACGCAGGACGCGCGCGUCGCGGCCGGUGUGAACAGCCCUCCCAGGGACCGGCGACGCGUCUGCCAGCGGGGCUCCUUCUAUGUUACGUUUGCGG